UUCUACCAAAACGCACACGAUCUCUAAAUUAUACGACGGCCAUGGACUGGUCAUCCUGGUUCCGGCGAACUCUUCUGAAAGAUGCGAACAACCCCAAAAUCUCAGAUCCACCUAAACCAUCCUCGACGAAGAAGCGACACCAAGCUGAAGAAGAUUUAGAGCAAUAUGGAAUAACGCAGCAAUUGGUCGACUUGGUCAAGACCUUCACAGUGGACACUUUCAAGAACUUCCAUCUUCAAGAUGACGGCGUGGCUGGUGCUGAUUCUGGCACCGCGAGUGCUACUUCAGCAUGCAGUGUGAGGAAGGAUCUCUCUGAGUGGCAGGAGAGACAUGCUUACCUUGUGCUUACUAGUGUUAAGGAAAUGUCCCAACUGCGAUAUAUGCUAUGUCCCCGACACAUGAAGGAGCGGCAAUUUUGGCAAAUAUAUUUUGUGCUUGUCAAGAGCCAUAUAGCUGAUUAUGAGCAGCGGGCAAUACAACUAGCAAAACUGAAGGAAAUGAAGAUGGGGGUUGACAAAUCUUCCAACGGCAGUUCAUAUGAAGUUGAAAUGGCCGAAUCAAAGGUGGCCUCAAGUUCACCACCUGCAAGUCCUUAAUCCCACUAAUUAGUUUCUAAAUGAAAGUGAAACCGAGCAGCUGGAAAAGAUCCUGCCGACAGGAUGAACUUUGGAGAUAACAGAUGCACCAGAAAAAAUCAACACCCAUCUUGUCAGAAUCAACUUACAGAGACUGAAAACAUUUUUAGAGAACUCAAUCAAAAGUGAGUUAUAUUUGAUGCUGAUAUGUACUGACAAGUGCUUCUCUGUAGUCCUGCUGCAUAAAUUUUGACUACAUUUUGUCAUAUGAAAACCAAAACGAGUAGUUAAUAUUAGAGCUAGCUUGAAGUAUAAAUCUAUCUGUGAAAACUGGCUUGCUCACCUCUUGUUAAGCUGUAAUUGCUUGCUAAGCUCUUCUAUUUCGCAUGUUCUCAAUUUCUUAUAUGAUAAUGUUACAAAAUUGUCCAAUACAUGGCUUUGCUUGUUGAUUA